AAACAAAAGCUGUCAAAUGAAAUAACUUAUUUCCCCACAUCGUCCCUCGCGUGCUGACAUUCAAUACUAGCUACAAACUUGUGUUGAUACAUGUGUGUAUGAUUUCUGUUUUGUAAACACUUAUGUUGCUGCACCAUUUAUCAAUGAUCUCCUUAAUAAUGCUCCUCGAAUUAGACGUAAAAUAUAAACAUCAUUGCCCAGUUUCUGAACUUAAACUGAAAUCUUAUUUAUAUGAAAGACAAUAGUUAAUAAAAUAUGGGAGAAUCCGGUCUGGAAGCUAGUUAUAGCAGAAAUAGUACCAAAUAUUUUGAAAGUUCCGAUCGUUCUAAUACAGAAAACAGCUCGUCUAUUAAUCGAAUUAAACGGUUAGUUUAUUCAUUAAAUCAUAACGAUAAUCAAGAUGGUCUGGUAACAUAUUCUCGUGCUUUUCAAGUUUACAGCUCGGAUUUUCGGAAUUUAGAAUGUCUUGAAAGGUUUGUGGAUGGCCUAAUUACCAAAGCCAGGCAAAGUCUUUCCCGAAAUAUAUUUAAUCUAAAUUAUUUUCUUUGUGUUUUUUGUGGUGAUAUUUUAAGCGAUCCUGUUACAUUAAAAUGCGGUCAUUCUUUUUCAAAAAAAUGUGUUUUGUCUGAAGCAUAUUCGGGUUCUUUUGAUUGCUUAAAAUGCCGUAAAACCUACAGUCAUUCAUAUUUAUCUGAACUGCAAACCAAUGUUGUGAUGUCAACUAUCAUUGAAAAGUUUUGGGCAUAUUCUGAGGAAUCUUCUGUUAAAAGUGAAAAUGAAGACAAUAGACCUGAUCAGUCUACUACAGAUGAGAACAAUGCAAAUAAUGAGGAAUCAUUCCAGAACUUUGAUGCUUGUUGCAGCUUUAUUGAAAGUCCUUCCUUAAAGGAGUGCUUAAGGGAAGGAAACUUACUAGUCAACUCAGAAAAAUAUCUUGAAGCUAUACAGUUACUUUUAAUCUGCUCUGUUUUUCAUCCCAGUGAUAAUAAAGCUAAAGACAAAGCUAUUGAGCUUUUCUAUAAACAUUUGCUGAAAGAUCCAAAAUAUAUGAAGAAAUGUGAUUGCAGUUCAGUGACAAAGGAUUUAGAAAAUAUUUUUGACCCUUUAAAGGUUAUAAGCUGUGAACAUCUGAAUAAACCAAAAGAAAACCAAGAUCUAGUCCUUCUUAUGAGAAAGUUGUGUGAAGAUAUUACAAAGCUUAGUGGAGAAAAGUUUGUGAUUAAUAGAAUUGGAGCAUCUCUUAUUGACAAGCAGGAUUUUGAAUGUCCAUUGUGCAUGAGGUUUUUGUGGGAACCAAUUACUACUCCUUGUGGCCACACAUUUUGCAGAGUUUGCUUAUAUCGCUGUUUUGAUCAUCAACCAACUUGUCCCCUCUGUAAAACUUCUCUCACCACUUGCUUAGCUGAACGUGUUCAAAGCACGAACGAAAUGAUUGAAUUAGUUAUGGCAAAUGUAUUCUCUACUGAAUAUUUUCAAAGGAAAGCAUUAUUUAUUGAAGAAAUGGAAGAACUUGCUAAUGCUGGAAAGGAUCCAAAUCACGAAAUUCCUCUUUUCGUGUGUACCACAUCUUUUCCAACUGUACCUUGUCCUCUUCAUAUUUUUGAACCACGUUACAGACUUAUGAUUAGGCAAUGCAUGGAAUCUGGCAAUCGCAAAUUUGGAAUGUGUGCUUAUAUUGAUAACAACAUUGCUGAGUAUGGAACAAUUUUGGAAAUUAAGGAUGUUCGAUAUUUUCCUGAUGGAAGAUCUGUUGUUGAUACUGUUGGAAGUAAAAGAUUUCGCAUAUUAAGUAAAGGGGAACGUGAUGGUUACAACACUGGUUCGGUUGAAUAUAUAAAAGAUGAUGUUUUAUCAGGAUUUUUUAUUCAGGAUCUAAAGCAAUUGCAUGAUCAUUUAUACAAAAUAUCUCAAGGUUGGUUUAUGCGUUUACCUCAAGAUACAAAGCAUCAAAUUUUGCAACAUUUUGGUCCGAUGCCAAGAAUGGAAUCAAAUUAUCUGACCAAUCCAGAUGGCCCUUCAUGGUUUUGGUGGAUGCUAGCUAUUUUGCCUAUUGAACCCAAAUCCCAAGUCUUAAUUCUUUCUAUGACAUGUUUAGCUCGUAGACUAAAAACUCUUGAGAAAAUUCUUUUACAUUUAGACUCAUCUAUUGUUUCAUAACACUGAUAUACUUUCCCUUAUUAUUGAAGUUUGUAAUUAUUAUAAUCAUUUGUUUUUAUUUUAUUAUAACUUUUGACAUUAUUGAUGAAAUAAUUACUUACUUGAAAGCUGUUUGUAGUUAUCUAAUUAAAAAUUAUUAAUUGUAAAUUAUUUAUUUAUACUUCUAUUUAAAACAUAAAUAUUAGGAAAGCAUUUUCUUAAUUUUUUAAUUUGUGUUUUUCACUUCCUUGAGUUAAUUUCUUUAUACAAUAAAUUAAUGAGAAACUAUUCUAUUCAAUGCUAUAAUAUUUUUAUUGAAAAUUAUUUUUAUGUUAUGAAGGGUGUCAUCACUUAGCUUCAUUUCGUUCAAAUAGUUUUAUUUUAGAUUUAUUCUAAAAAUUGUUGUGCAUCUAAAUUUUAUAAUAUAUUUUUCAAUGUGAAUUAUUACCUCUUAUAUCAGAAAGUCCUUACAUUAUAUUUUAGUGCAGGUUUUGUUACAGUUUAAUAAAACUUUGUUUUUGCUGGUAUCUUUUAUUUUUGAUAGUUUGGAAAGUAAAGGGCACUUUAAACUGAAUUUUUAGCAAAUUAGAUGGAGCUUAGUGUGUUUAAAUGUAGUUUGUAAUUCUACUUAAUUUACCAAUGAAUUAAUAAUUGCUUUGCAUUUGACUACAUACUCUUGUCUCCAACACCCUCAUUAAAUACUUUAAUAAAAUAAAAAAUUCUACUUUAAUAAAAUAAAAAAUUCUAACUCAAUAUCUUACCUGGACAUUCCUAUUGUCAUUGUAAAAUAAUAUGUUCAUUUUGUAUUUAAUAACCUGUACAUACAGUUGUAUAUAAUUUGAUCCCACCUAAUACAUGGAUUCAUGUGAGUUAGAAAAAUAAUUUUAUUGUUUACUUUGAAAAGAGUGCAAUAACAGUGCCAUUUGUUUUGUUUUGGGAUCCAGGGUUUCUUUUAUUUGUUAUGGUUUAAAACAGCUUUAGCUAAUUUGUAUACUAGCAUAAGUUUAAAAUAUUUUUUUUAUUGUUGUUCUGAAACAUAUAUAUAUUUGUGUAAAGUAGAUCUUAGUAUAAAUUUAUUUGAAAACUGUGUUGUCACUGUUAUAGAAUACUAUUAUUAUAGUGUAUUUUUUAUUUUAAAGUGUUAAAUCUAACUAAAAAGUAAUAUUCUGCAUCAUUUUCUGCAAAUUUAGUUUUCUUUUUUUUAUUAUGUGACACUGAUGUUUGUUUCAGUAAAGUGCUCUUUUUCUAAAAUCAAUUUUUAAAGUUUAAGUUGUUUGAGCUCACAAUGAUAUAUUAUUACAUAACUGAAAACUACAAAAAUUACAUAAACAUACUCAUAGUAAUCAAAAUUAAGAUAUCACUUAGUGAUAAAAAAAUAAUAAAAUAUAUUUUUCUUCGUUAAAUAUGUAUUUAGAAAAAUAUUCGCGAUUAAUUUUUUUUUCUUUUAAGGUAAUGUUCAAGCAUCCUUUACAUGAGAUAAUGGACAUAAAUAGUUCACUGGAAAAAAAUUUGUAGUGACUAGUAUUUAUAUUAUUAAUGUCAGAAUUUUUGCACACAUUAAUCAUAAUAUAUAGUAAUGUCUUAACACAUACUAAUCAUAUCAGUCUAACUGUGCAAUCUAAGAAUAUUUGUAGAGUGAUAGUGUCACUUAUAGACGUUUAAAAGUUCCCCACUUUAAUGUAAAUUUAUCGUGUCAUAUCAAUUUAUUAAAUGUGCGGUAAAAAAACAAAUAAUAGAGUACUGCAGUUUAUGCUGUACACAUUAGCAUUCAAAACAGAUAAAAUACUAUAGUAAAUAAUACUCCCUGAUAUCUCUGAUGCUUUUUUGUAGCUCUUGUUAAAAUACUACAGAUUUUUAAUGUUAUAAAAUAGUGAUUUGAUUUAUUUCAUCUCUGUCCACUUUAAAAAAAAUGGCAGUAAAUUUCUGUGUUAAGCUUUACAAAUAGACUUAACUCUCCAAGGCUUUGUGUAAAUCUAUACAGCAUUAGUUUCCCCUUUGUGAUAAAUUUUAACUAAAUAUGUCAUAUAGCGUGAUAGAAUUAAAGUGUGUUAAUGUAUUUUUGUCACUGUCAUUAAGUGUUUACUUGUUCUCUGGUGUAUAAUAAUGUCUUGUCUAUUAUAAUACUAUUAUAUUUAAUGAUAUCAACUAUGCAAUAUUACCAACUAGUGCACUUUUAUACAUUUUGUACUCAUGUUGCCCAUUACAUGCUUUGGUAAACUUUUAUGCUUCAUUCAUUUAGUGUAGAAAUGUCAUCUAUGCUUUCUGUUUUCAUAGGUAUUUUAAGCCUAUUCUCAAUUUGUGUCUUCCAUUUAAAUAAAAAAUGUUUAUUCAGAUUCCUUUUGCCUUUUUUAAAAAAUAAGUUUGAAGUUACAAAAAAUUAUUUUGUAAAUUAUGUUUAUUCAUAUUUAUUUUCUAUUAUGUAAAUUUAUAUAUAUUCAUUUAUUAUAUUUGGCUCUAUGUUAAUUCAUAGUACAGUAGAGGACUGGUUAUAUGCUUUUAAAAAGACCAUCAUGAAAAUGAAAUAUUUCCACAACUGAAGGCAGUUGAUGAGCCAAGACUUUAAAUCUUUAUAACUAAGUGCAAUUUAAUCUGAGAAUAAUAUAUUUAGGCACUUUAAUUUUAAAUUUUUUAUAAUAGAAAAAUUUGUUACUGUUAUAAAUUAUAGUUUAAAAACCAAUUUAAUUUUAUUAUGUGUUAUUUUAAAGGUGACUGGUGUUCAAUGCUGAUCUCAUUGCCUUUCUAAUUCUGUUUUUCCAUAACGUUUUUGACCCCCUUUGCCAACAGCUGGCUGUUGCUUGAAUGAAUUACAAUUUGCAUAAUAUUAUCUACAGUGUUUUUCUCCUUUCAUUUCUUGUAAUUGAAUUGUAUUAAAAAAUUUUAAUGUAUUGGAUAUUAAAGACUGACAUAUAGUUUUUUUUUCUUAAUUUAAACAUAAAAAGUUAUUAAGUCAGUAUAAAUUAAUAAACAUGUAUCCUCCAACUAAAUAAUCCCAUUUUAAGCCAAUUUUUUUUUAGAUUUCAAUAAUAAUAAAUUGUACUGUAUAUUAAUUAAGUUAAUCUUCCUGGUUAAUUACAGUGGUUUUUAAGAAAGCAAUUAGAUAGUACAGAAAAAAUAAUGAAUGCAAAAGUAUGUAUGCAAAAAAAUUAAAACGAAAAUAAAAAAAUUUUUACUUUAUAUUUAAAACAUUUGAAAAGUAACAAAUAUAGUAUCUAACAUGCAUUUUACAAUCAUAUUAUUUUAGUGCAGUUUUGGAGUGUUUGCUAUUUGAUAAUCAAAUUUGUAAAGCGUUAAAAGGAAAUUAUCUUCCGUAUAAUGUAAUAGUAUAGGAGUAAUAACAUGUUGCACUACUGUUGAGGUGAAAAAGUGUAUAAACAGUUAUCUACUGUAUAUAUUUUUAUUAUGUUCUAUUUUGUUUGGUUUUUUACAAUCACUGACUUUCACAAUAUGUAUUAUCUUUAAAUUACAGGAAUAUUUUCAAAAUAGAACUAAUUUAUGUAACUAAACGAGUUUAUUAAUAAACAAACUAUCAAAUCAUUACCUGCAGGAAAAACCUAAUUGCAUAUUUUUAACCUACUUAAAAUUUGUCUAAACGUUUCGUAGUCUCUGCUAAGCUAAUGUUUGUGCUAGUUUAAUUCAAAAGCUGCUGAAGAUUUUUUUUUUUUUUGCUUCUUACAUUAAUGUUUAUCUACUUUGUUAAUAACACUUGGUUUUGAGGUCAUACUGAUAUAUUUCAUAACAAUGUCUGAAGAUGUUCAGGCAUCUGGGUAUCUCUAAACUAUCUCAUAAUCUGCAUAUUAAAAUAAUAAUUAAUGGAGUCUUAAUCAAAACUGCAUCUGAAUAAUUAAGUAUCACUAUAUGUAAAGUUAUAAUUUUUUGAAAAAGCAUUAACUAUAACUUAAAGUAUUAUCUAGUAUCUAUCAAUUUAAUGCAAAAAAUGUUGUGAUUGUUGUUAUCAGACUAAAUAUAACACAAUCAAAAUAAACUCAUAAAAUAACAACUUAGCAAUUUUGCAACUGGUAAAUACCAUAAUGCUAGGUAGAAAACGGUAGGAAGUAAAACUGAAUAAAUUUUAGCUUCAUAAUAUGUUUUCAUUGUCUUCACUUGAUAGUUUUCAUAAUUGAAAUCGUCUAGAUAGGGGUUAGUACAGCUUCAUUUUCUUAUUUUUUAAAAUAAAAACCUAGUGGCCUUGAAUUGUAUGCAAGAUUGUACUCAAAAAGUUGGAGGGAGGGAAUAAUUGUCUUGGGAAAUGGGCUUGUGGGCUCAGCUGAAAUUCUUUUCUAGAAGUAAUUCUUAGGCCAACAUGUUUAAUUUUACACCAAUGUACUUAUUGAAGGAAAUCCAUCAUUUACUUUUUUCCACUUCUUAAUUUGGAUUAAAAUGAAGUUAAUAUUUACCUGAAGUAAUGGACUUUCCAUAUAGAAGGGACUACAAUGUUAAUGCAAAACAAUACUAACCUUCCUGCCCAUUAAAUGAAAUUAAUUAAAAAUUCUCGUAUAUCUUUAUCAUGUGAUCUUCCAUUGGGUGAAACGAAACAAAAUCUUGUUCCUGUUAGUGAAAAAAUAAUUGUUCCUUUUCUGUGUCUUGAGUAAACAUUUUCUAAGCUGUUAUGAAUAAAUAUUUUCCUUAUGCUCUUCUAUGAGGUUGUAAAUGUAUUAUCAAACAGUAUGAAUCCUAAUGUAAUGCAAUAAAUGUCUUUACAAACCAAAGUAUUUGGAGUGUGCACAAAAACUAAAUGUAAAUAAUCAUUUAUGCUUGCUAAAAUAGUUUAUAUAAACUUGUCAAUCUUUUGUUUUUAUAUCAUUCGUAGUUGAAUAUUUCAAAAUUACAGUUAAUAUUUUUUUAACACUUUAAACUACUAUAUCCUUUUAAAGUUUAUACUUAACUCUUUUAGCAAGUUAAAAUUUGUUUGGAGAAAACAUUGGAUUAAUGUCGUAUAUGAACCUUUGUGUCAGUUGAAUGUGCUUGUUAUUUAUGUCAUUCUAUUUAUAUUAGUAUUAUUAAUGCAGAUUGUGAACUAUAUCUUGUGUUUUGUUAUGUGUAUUUAUUUUCAAGCUAAACUUAGAUAUUUUUAUUAAUCAGUAAAAAAUACAUUUAUUGAAAGAUGCUUUCUUAGAAACUGUUUCUUCACUUUUUCUUUUCUUAUAAUUUAUUAUUUAAAAGUUUUUAAAGCAUUUUUUUAUAUUGGAGUAAUUCUACGUGAGUUUUUUUUAUAAGUUACAACAAUUUAUAUUAUAUUUCAGUGUUACAUAACUCUUUAUAUGCCAAACGAUUUUAAUGUGAUAGAAAGUGAAUUAGCUUGUAUUAGUAAUAAAAAGCUUUCUUAACAUAUUUAUUAAAUCCAUACAAUCUUAUAUAUAUAUUCAUUUAAGCUUGCUUAUUUAUUAUUGCCAUUUAAUAUAGUUAGUGUUUUAAAAUUACUUUUUUUAUCUAUAAAAACAUCGAUUUUAUAUUUUAUUUAAAACAAAAUAAAUAGUAUGUUUCAAUUUCAGAAAGUGUCUGAAGGCAUCUGUAAAUUUUUUUUACUUGCUUUAUUCGAGAUAUUUUCAUACAUGUAACUGUAUCAAUAAAAAUAUUGCUUGUA